AAAAAGUCUAGCACGCAAGAUCCCAAGCCCACGCGCGACCAGACACCUACCAUUCCCUUCGCUGCAGACGAGACCAUCCUUCUGGUCGGCGAGGGCGACCUCAGCUUCUCGCGGGCGCUGGUCGAGCAUCACUACUGCGAGCACGUCACCGCCACCGUGCUGGACCGGAACCUGGACGAGCUCGUCGAGAAGUACUCCCAUGUGAAGGAAAAUGUAGAAAUCAUUGAGGGCGAAGGCGGCAAGGUCAUCUACGGCGUAGACGCGAAGAAGAUGGGCCCCUGGGCCAAGAAGUCAGGAAAGGAGUCGGUGGGGAUUUUUGACAGGAUAAUAUUCAACUUUCCCCACACAGGGGGAAAGUCCACAGACGUCAACCGCCAGGUGCGCUACAACCAGGAGCUCCUCGUCGAGUUCUUCAAGCGCGCCCUGCUCUCCCUCGCACCAGGAGGGACGGUCAUCGUCACGCUUUUCGAGGGCGAGCCCUAUACCCUCUGGAACAUCCGAGACCUGGGCCGCCACUCGGGCCUGCAGGUCGAGCGGAGCUUCCGCUUCCAGGCCUCGGCGUAUCCCGGGUACCACCACGCACGGACGCUGGGUGUCGUGCGGAACAAGCAGGGCGAGGUGGGCGGCGGGUGGAAGGGGGAGGAGCGCCCGGCGAGAAGUUAUGUCUUUGUGAGGAGGGACGAAACGCCCAAGCCGGUGCAGUCUUCUUCAAAAAAACGGAAGCGUGGUGAAGCUGAUGAUGAUGACGAC